AUGCGUCUCCUCACUCUCUUCAUGAUGCUGCUUCCGGCGGUAGUAGGCCUUACUCUCAACAAGACCGAUGGUACUACGAUCGAGCUCGGCGACCAGCCCACGGUGAUUGAUCUCCGCAACGUGAUCAUGCCUGCGCGUGCCUCAGUUACCGAGUCCAACAUCCACAGCAAUCCUGAUGUUGCUGACGUCAAUAUUGCAAACUGGGACCGUCUUGCGUCCAAUCUUCACUUCCACGACCACAUCAACUACCAAGGCAAUGUGAUGACGUCCUACCGCUGUAUUGAUGGCAUAAACAGUUGCAUGACCUUAUUGAACAAUGAUCCUAUACCCUUUGGGGCCUCCUCGAUCACUUUCAAAGAUUGCCCUGACGGUGCGCCAAACCAUGGCCGGAAGUUCCAUUGCUUCUUCUUCAGGACGGGGGCUUGUGAAGCAACGGCGAGAUCCCUCUAUCUCCGCGGCUCUGUUGCUAAUCUUGCAAACAUUGGCUGGAAUGACAAGAUCAAAUCUGUCGAAUGCUACUGGGACUAG